CGUAUCAAUAUGUACAUAAGUACAAAUAAUUUUUAGAUAACUUUAAUAAAUCGAAGCUUCGAUAAGCGUUUCCUUAUAGUCUCCAAGAUUCAAGAACUUCCUUGUUAAUUAUUUAUAACAACUUGCAACUUGGCAGUUGGAUUCCCUUUUUUGCAGUAUCAGUUAUUGUUCAGUAAAGGCAAGCUGUCUGUGGUUUAUGAACAGCACUGUACGAAUGAGUUUCAACACAAAAUAAUUUGUAGCUAACUGGACACUCAACUUGGAAGCAACAUGUCUGUACCAAGUGUUGCUCUGGCAUCUUUAACAACUACAUAUACCGAUUCAGAGGGCGAAGAAGGGGUGGAUGAUGACUUUCAGGAGAACUCCAAUACUCCUCCCAUGGGGUCUGCUGCACAAAACGACCGAGCCACUAGUCUAUCCCAAGACAACAGUCCCAGGUCUGUUGCUUCAGCAGCACCUAGCCCUGUCGUAAAUACCAUUGGUUUUAGUGCAAGGAAUAAUAGGCUUGUCUCAUACUUUGAUGACACGGUUGUCUCUGAUGAUGAAGGAACUGUUGGGCUACAUGCUGAAGAAAAGUUUCCCUUAAAUGGAAGGCAGCCCAUGGACAUGGUUGAACAACAGUCUCCGAUUCGUCAAAGGGAGCCAACGUCAGAUGGAGAAACAGAUGCGUAUGGUGUUGUCAUACCUCCCAAUCCAUCUGGACAAUGUCCCUUGGAUGUACAGGAUAAGAUAAAAAAUUUAUUGUUCAAAAGAAAAGCUGACGGGUUGGACAUGAACAAAAUAAUACAAAAUCAGAAGGAGUUUCGAAACCCAUCAAUAUAUGAAAAGCUUAUCCAGUUUUGUAACAUAAAUGAACUAGGCACUAACUAUCCACGUGAUAGGUUUGAUCCUUCAAAAUGGAGCAAAGACUCUUACUACGACGAGUUAGCAAAGACCCAAAAAGUGGAAAUGGAUAAGUUGGAUAAGGCCAAAAAAGAUAAGUCCAAAAUAGAAAUUAUAACGGGAACUGCUAAACGACCAAACAGCGCUGCAGUAACUGCGGAAGAAGACGCUAAGAAAAGGAAAAGUAAGUGGGAUCAGGUGUCCACAAAUUCUAGUACUGCUACAACCACCACAAAGCCUGUAAUAGUUACUCAAACAACUUUAACCACCUUAACAUCUACUGCUACUGGUACAAGAGCAACAGUUAUAUCAGCUUUUGGUUCGUUGCCAAAGAAAAGACUGUAAUAUUUAUCUAUCACUUAUUCUGGGUAUUGCAAAAAGUUUUCUGAGUUUCCUUACAGUGCAUUUGAUAUAAAAUUAAAAGUUGAACUGAAUUUGGUUAUCUGACUUACAUGUGACAUUGCAUAAUAUGUUUUUGCAAUUAAAGUUCAUAUUAGUAACACAUUUACAAGAACAACAUCUGUACAACUGCCAUAAUUUGUAAAUUUAUAAAUCAAUCAGUUGCAAAAGAUAAACCAAAUAUUUUCAUGUACAUUAAUAUAACUGUUUAUAGUUAGUUGAUUGAAAUAAUAUUCAGUUUAUGAAAUAAACAUUAAUUUUCGACAAGAGAUAUGAACGAAGAAAAUUAGUGGAUUUUUUAGUUGUAUCUAUAGUUUCUAAAAAGUAAUUCAAUCGUAAAGAAAAUAAU